CUCGCAUUUUCUUGCUCCCCUGCCCGCCUCCUCUCAGGCCAUUAGUGAAGUUUUUAUUGUGUCUGUGAAUUGAUCCAAUAAUCGUAUAUUUGUUUUUGUUAGUUUAUCAGUUUUCCUUGUUAAUGUUUUGUUUGGUCUCUUCAAAUUAAUGGUACGACUUCAAACGGUUAUGUUGGAAGUAGCUGAUAACCCUUUAUCACCUUAUCUUGGUCUCACAACGAAAUUCUUUUGAUUGCAACAGAAUGGCUUCAAUCACAAACAAACGGAAGACGGGUUGUGGCAGUAACAGUGACGGCUCUAGUAAUGCUUCUUCUCCAUCUGUCACUGCCUCUCUAAACAAUGCAGCCGGUGCACCAUUUUACCCACAUUUAACUGCUAAUGCGCCCAAGAAUGGUGUUGUGAUUCCGAAUCGCGUCUUUGUCGGUGGCAUAGCAUCGACAACCACUGAAGCUGAACUAACCGCGUUUUUCUCCAAGUAUGGCCAAGUGAAGGAUGUAAAAAUUAUCGUAGAUAGAGGUGGCAUAUCCAAGGGUUACGGAUUCGUAACGUUUGACUCCGAGGAGGAAGCCAAUAAACUUCAACAAGCUGCUGACGAUGUAAAUUUCCAAGGGCGGAGAUUAAAUAUUGCAGCAGCCAUCAAAAAGCAGGUGUGCAUUUUACAACCGUACAAUAGGUCCUUUGAUGCCUCCUCAACAUCACCAACUAUGCCACCAAAUGUUUACUACCACAAUGGUAUUCAGUACACAUAUCAAAACGGCAUGGCAUUCUUCUCACCGGGUAAUCCUCCAACAAACGCCAUAGCUCCAGUUCAAGCACAUCCAGAGUCAGUCAGUAUGUAUCAAGGAACUUUUGGGCCGCCACAUGGUAGCACAGCGGCACCAUCGUUCGGUCCAGCUAUGAUGUACCACCCGUGCCCUCCCAAUCCCCCGCCUCCGGUUUAUUUACCCACCCAACAGUACGCUUAUCAACCAUUGCCUUUUGAUUCUUAUUAUCAGGUAGCAAGUCAGAGCUCUGGCAUAAUGUAUUCUGCUGGGGCUGGACCAACCAACAUCAACAACACAACCUCCGCUCAAAACUCUUCGCUUGUAACUGUUGGAGAUUCCGGUAGCUCACAAACUGUUCAACUAAUUUCUGCGCCAACUGGUUCCAUCUAUGCUGCCCCUCACAUUCUUCAUGAUGUCCACUACUCUGCUCAAAGUAUAUAUCCUGUCAAUGCCGUUGAGAGUCUCCCCCCGUAUAAUGAAAUCCAAACAAUUGAAUCUCCGCCAAGCAAUAUAUCCGCUGAGGGCUCCUUGUGCUCAAAAGCAGAGCAUGAAAACACCACCAGCACCACUUCAUCCGAGACCAAACCAAAUGAUUUGUUUCAAACUCCAACACCUGUAACAAGCACAGUAACACCAGUAGUAUCCUGGCUACAGUGUUCAGAAAGAUACGAGUGUACGAAAACUGUCAAUGACAAACAAAUCAAUAUGAGUGAGAAUAGUACCGAACAAGCAACCACUGCCACAGUCUAUCCAGUUAUGUUCAAUCCUUUCUCAAGGCCACCAACAGCACGGCACCCUUUCUCCUCGACCAUCAACGGCUACUCCGAUAACUAUCCCCGAAUCAGGAAUUUUGUACCUUACGUCUACAAUGUUGAGGCCCGAAGGCCUUCAAAUCCUAACGUUCCUAAGCAGCAGAACAUCAACCAUAACAACAACUACAUUGCUAACAGUAGUUAUACUGUGAAGACGGCAGAUGUAUCCAAUCAAACCCGUAACAGUCCUCGUUUACCGCGGUAUCCGAAAGUACGUCCUCUGGUCUCAACUCCUAAUUUUAGGUUUCUGCCGCCGUAUUGCCCUCGAUUUGGUUACUACCCCCCACACUUUCUUCCUCUGCCACCUCCUCAAAUUGCAGCCAGCCGCCGCUUUUCGGGGCCUUCCUGCCGGAGACAAAAUGUCUACAUUCCUGUUUCCUCAAGUAACAAUAACAGUACUGGGAGUUACGAUGAUAGUAGUACCACUUGUACCAAGAAUAGCAACACUGUCAACCACAAUAACAACAACACUAAUUUCACCAACAACAACAACAGUAACACAGGGAAUAGCAGUAAUGUUGGAAGCAAUGGUGCAGUGAAAAUCGCCAAGUCUGUUACCUCCAAAGCAGAACCUGAGAGCGGGGCCUUAUGUGGUGCUGGAGAUGCGCCUUCAUCAUCACACCCCACCAAUAUUACCGCAGCUGGUCCAACCCCAUUAGAACUGAGCCACCAAAUGCAAAAACUAAGUACUUAGGAAUACUUAAGCCAUAAUGUAAGAAAGUUACUCCAAACAUAUAAAUGUAAGUAAUUUUCCUCUUUAUCAUCAGUUAUUUAUUUUUCGUAAUUUUUACUCCAUUUUUUUAUCUUUUUUAGUUUAUUUAUUUAUGUAACUUUUUUCCAAAGUAGAGAAAAAUGAGGUUGUAAAAAGUGUUCCUAAAACUAUCGUGUCACUUCGUGAUGAGUGUGCCUGCCAUUUUUAUCUGUAUAGCAGUGAAAACUGCUCUGAAUUGAUUGUGUUCUACAAUCAUUCUGUGCUUAGUCGGAAGGCCUUAGUACAAUGUUUGAGCCAUCAAAUUAUCAAAAGUGAACAAUUUUAUUGUUCACCAAGUAACAUAAUUUUGCAAUUCUGGUAAGUAGUGCUGAUUUUAAGCUAGAAUUGGUUACAAUGGUCAGCUGUCAAAACUCAGAUAUAUCAUUACAUGGAUUUUUUGUCACUGCAUGUAAAGGAAUACCCCUUGUUCUUUUUCUUUUCUCUCAAAAGUGAUUUCCUUCGCUUCAUCUUAAUAAAUCUCGAUUUCAACUGUAUAAAUUAGUGAAAGGAAACUAUGGAAGUAUUAAUUGUACAUUAUAAUGAUAGAUCUUUAAGAGUUUAGGAAAGAAGAGAAGCGAGAUAAUUAAGGUAAGAGAAAAUGUAAAUAUUGUAGAUUGUACAGUUUUUUCCCUUGAAACAUGCAUAGAGAGCUGGGUAAUUUAAUUCCUUGAUAAGUAAGGAAACAUUUUGGAACAUGUUUCUCUCAUAUUUAAGUAGUUUCCAAAAAAUAUUAGAAUUUAAUCUGAAUGUCUCUCUCUACCCUCAGAAAGAUAUUGAUACCUAUUUUUGCUUUCCUAUUGAAGUCAAUUGUUACCAUUGUUACAGCCACAAUUUGUUUAGAGCAUUUUAUUUUUAUUUAUUUUGCAUUUUUUCUCAUUAUUUUCUUUUUAUGUUAGUUUUUGUUGUGUACCUAAUGCUCCUAUAUCUCAUUUCCGUAAAUGCCUUUUAAGGAUUGCCACUACAUUUUUAAGAAGUGCUCAGCUCACAAAAAUUUCACUUGUGGUAAUUAUAAAUGCAAUCUAUUCAUCAUUUUAAUGCAGCUAAGGUGAAAAGGGAAUGAUUGUUACCUGCUAACUUUUGGUGCAAAGGGUUUAUUUUUAAAAAAAACCUACAAUACAAAUGACAACAGAAAAGAGUAUGCCUGGUUGGCGCUGUCCAUUUUGUAUGUGCUUACAAAGUUUCAUUUAAAAAUUUCAUGGAAAUGCUGAUCCUUAUUAUUUUACUUGAUUUUAAUAUUUCUACCAAAAGAAGUCAAUUCUGGCUUCAUUUAAAUUGAAGCAGAUGUGUUUUUCUAGUUAAUUGAAAAAGGAAAGAAGAAAAUAAAGAAAGAAAGAAAGAAAAAAACUUUCAUUUUCCCCUCAUGAAUUUUGGAUUGAAGCAUUAUUUCUUGCAGCAGGUAACAUCAAUAGUUGGAAUGAGAGGCUGAUCGCUGUUUCCAUGGAAUUCUGAAAGUAAGCUAUUUGUGUGUAUUCUACUGUAGUUCAUCGAACAAAUCUAAGGGAUUGUCUCUAUGAGAAUUUUUUCAGGACUAUUACCGCAAUAUGUUGCCCAUGAAAAUUUUAUUUCCGCAUUCCGUUGAAGAAACGAAAUGAAAUUUAAUUAAUAAAUAUGCAAGAUAAAAUACUCCGACUUCUGUUAAGUCAUUUAGUCUUGAUAAUUAAUUUUGAAGAAGUCAGAAUUGAUUUCCCGCAGACUCCAAUGGAGACUAGUAGGUGAGCACCUGGAUCAUUGUGGAGGUUCCUUUAAAAAUUCUCAUCAUAUUAGACCAAUGAGAGAAUUGCAAUGUGAGAUGACUCAAUGACUGCAGUUGGAAAUACAUUUUGAGGAUCCGUUCUAAAAAAGCCCUAACCCUCUUCCUCGUGUUUUUACUCAUCACCCUUCAUUUUCUUCUCUUAUCUGCUCAGAAUGUUGAAGCUAUGCUCAGUCCUUUUCCUUCUUUUUAUGGCGAUUUUUCCUCUUUCACUUUUAAAUUUUGCCACUCAUUAUUUCCGCAGUAAAGUUGCCCAUGAAAAGAUACAAACUUUAGCAUUUUUGAAUCUCCUUUAAGCUUUACUGAAAUGUAUAUUUUUGUAUAUUCCUGUGCUCGUUAAAUUUGCGUUAAUAUUUUAGUCCUUUGUCCUCCAAAUGACCUAUAGUUUCCAAAUUGUUAAGUUUUCCCUAUUUACCUAGUUUUUCUCUUUUGGUUGGAUCACCCGUUUUCUCCCUCUUAUCCUACAGUGUGUUUAUCCUGAGUUUUUUCUUUGUCGCGGCGGAGUUGUUUCGAAAUCCACUUCAUUUAGACAGUUUUUUGCUGCCUUCUUCUGAAUUCAGAAGUUGGGAAAAUUGAUCGAUGGUCAAAAUGAAAACAUCAAGGGGAAUUUUACCAUUGUUCACUGAUUUGAAAGCUUACAAUGAAAGACAAGUUUUAUUGCAGUGUAUGGAUGUAGUCUUCAGCAUUCAAUUAGCCAUGAAGGUUUAAUUUACGGUACAGAUCAAAUAAUGUUCAAGUUAUAAGCUCAAAUAUAAAAGGGAUAUUGUAAUGAACUAAGUAGUUUCUUGUUUUAGGAGAUGACAGCAUUUCAACUUCUGUUUACCUUUCUUUUCUUUUCUUUUUUUUAAAGCGAUCCAAAGGAAACAAUUUUUUUUGUUUCUUUUGUUUGUGUAAAUUCAGUUAACAUUGUAAUAGGUACGUUCAUCUACGUUGCGUUACGGUACGUGUAAAUAUGUUGAACUGUGGUCUCUGUUAACCUUUUAUAUUUUGGUGCUAUGUACGUUCUCGUUUAAUUUCCCCGAGUUUUUGACAGCUGACCAGUUUGUUCAAAUCAAAACAAUGUGUGACAAUAUUGAAUGAUGUAGGUUCCCUAUAUACAAAAUGUUUUAGCUUUUUGAUCCUUAUUGUUCAUGUGUAGUUUUCCAAAGACGAAAAACUUUAAUUCUUGUGUAGAUGAAUUUUGAAGUCGAAGAAAAUUGUCAAUAUAAUUAGAAGAAUUACUUUAAUUAUACCAAAUUACCCUGCAAUAUUCAACAAAAUCAGUUUCAUGAGUAAGAAUGUCCUGGUUUUACAGUAAUUGAGUUGGGCACAGAUUAUAAAUUGUUGAUUUUAUCAAGAUAUCUAAACUUUAAAAAUUACCAAAAUGUUCGUUUGAUCAAAUUGGUUGAGUCAGCAGCUUUUUUUCAUGGCUUCUUGAUCAUACUUUAAACUAAAAACCACCCUCUUUCGUUCAUACUUGUUAGAAGUUUUGUUGACCCAAGUGAUACCAUUCAAAAAUAUCGUGCAGUUAUUCUUGCAUGUAUGAUGGGUAGGUAUUGAAGCAAAAAAACUCUGUGCAUCACCGAUUCAUCAAAUAGAUUUGCCCACUUAGUCAAUCUUGCCGCAGUGUAGUUUCACUGUAAUUUUGUUUCCUCUUUGAGAAUGUAAAUAUACCUUAUGCUAGUUGUAAAUACCUCUAUAUAAUGUUAAAGUAUGAUAAUAUUGCAUCAUUUUUUUUUUUUCAAAUUUACAUUGAGCAAUUAUUUCCAGGACUCUAGUUUUAAGUAUAAAUUAAUUCCCUCUUGCUCUGGAAUGUGCACAUUCUGUGUGAUACUGUCAAACUCAAAUGAUUUAUUUUUUUUUAUUUUCAUUAAUCUCCGCAAAUCAAUUCUCGUAAGUGUUCUCUUUCAACCUCUUCUACUUUCAAAUAUCUUUUUUUCUGUUUGUCAGUCAAAUUAUGCACACAGUUCAUCCUUGAAAGGAAGAACAUUCUUCUCCUUUUAUACCUUCAUCUAAAUAAUCACAUAUUGUCGAUCAAUUCCAUGAAGUGCAUUUCUGGACAAAAGAUAAAUUAAUCAAAUACCCGUUCCCUCACUAGUAAGUAGCGUCUCUCUCCCCUUUUCUCAAUGUCAAGAAUCUGACUUCAAGUUAUUUAUCAUAGUGCAACGUCCUCCUUUUUCUGUGACGCAUUAUUUACCUUAAGUAUUUUUCUCAGAAUGGAACUCAUUUAAAUGUCAUUCAUCUUUAUAAUAUCUUCUAUGGUGUAUCAGGGGGAGGGGGACAGAAAAAAAUCGGCUCUUCUUUUGACAAAUGUACCUAUGUAUACCUGAUAGUGCGCUAAAGCUUCAGGAAUUUAUGAGGCUCUAAAUGAAAAAUUGUGUUUAAAAUCAAAAAUAAUCGCACAGAAGUAAUUUACCCACUAUUUGCUACCAGAUGAAUAGAUUGUGACUUUCCCUUUUGUGAAAAUGUCUUAUCAGACCGUAGAGGAACAGUUCAAACAAGCUUAUUACUUCAAAAAACUUCGCAUCAAAAAAAGCUGCAUCUUCAGAUUUUUGCGGUCUCUAAAAGAAUAAUUUGCAGUGCCGUAUCCAAUUUUACCUAAUAAUGUUUUUAUUGAAGUUAUUUUUGGCUAGUGAGAGAUUUUCUUUUACCCCAGUUUGUACUCAAGGGAUUUCUCCCGCAAAAAACCCAAUCCCUCCUUUCCCCUCGCUGAAAUACUCCGAGAAAAUCUCUGGUAAAUCUCAAAAGAAAAAGCAAUUCAGUCUGUCCAUGGUUUUUCUUACUUUUUUUUUACUUUGACUUUUCAAAAAGAUUUACACUUGCAUCGAGAAAAAUUGACAGAAUAUGGAGCAAAGUAUGUUUAUCUCAAGUAACUGUUUUGUCCUGAAAACACUGCUGCAGGAGGGAGAGUUGUUUAAAAUCAUUAACAUGAGUUUUAUCUUUCCUCUUAACCGGCACUACCUAAAAAGGUACAGCUAUCAAAGAUUAAGUAUACACCAAACUUGUUGUGAAAAAUGUGGUAAUUGUGCCAAUAUUGGAACUGUUAAGCUUUUCAGGAUUCAAUUUCAGUUUUUGUAGGAGGGAAAGGAAAUUACAUGCUUUAAACCACUAAGGACUUUAAAAUGUAGUUUUUCAGUAUGUCACAUUAUGAUUUUUAAUUUAGCUGUGUCAUAUACAUGUAUAUCUCCUUUUUUUUCAAUCUGUUCAUUGUUUGAGUUGCAUAGUUAUUAUUUUUGUUGUACUUCAAUUCACUUUUUAUUUGACAUAGUUGUUGAUUUUAUAUCAGAUCAUCUCAACUCUGCGUGCCAAGAGAAUAUUUUGUACACAUUUUGACUUGUCACAUGUUAAGGAAUAAUUCAAUUUCUGAUCGUUUAUUUCAAUGAGGAAUUCAAGAAAAAGAACGUUCCUUUGCUUUAGUUUGUCUUUUUAUGUUCCACUAAACUAUCACUGCAGUCCUUGCCAAAUCUGUUGGUUUUCAAGAGUGAAAAGGAAGAUUUGAUGUUUUUAUAUUUGCAGUGAAAUUAAGACUAAUCCUCAAGUCAACUAACUAAUUCAGUGUUAUCUCUUGUCAGUAUCCUGUUUCCACCCCUGAAAAUUCUAGAAGUUUGAUUUUUUUAAAGAAAAAUAAAGAGACUUAGAAAAGUCUUUACGUCCUGUUGAGCUCAACGGCUACCUACCUGUUCAUGAGAGAAGACAUGAUUCGUGACCCAGGUAAAACAGUCUUGUGUUUGUUUCAUUGCAUUGCUCACUUUCUUUGCCCUGCUUUUAUCAAGCUAGUUAAUGACAACCUAAAGAGGUCCUUCGUGCAAUUGAUAAUCUAGUCAAUUACCCGGCCCGAUGAAGGCCUAACAAAGAAAGUGGACGAUUCAACCCUCUAGUCACCUACCUCCGUUUCACGUCAAUCUUGCUCUGUUGCCGAAUGGCAAGUCGCAGUGAUCAAUUUACUGAGUAUUUUAAAUAAUUGGGUUACAUUUUGCAAUAAAGAACCACUAUGCCUGGCUCUUCUAUGAAAGCACCUAACUGCAUAGGGAAACCAAUGGCAUAUAUAAUGUUUCUAAAAUGAGCUAGAAAUAGUGGUUCUUUAUUGCAAAUUGUGGUCCAGUCAAGUUGUCUAAUUUCUUCUGAUCAAUGACGAACUUGUGAAUUUUUUUUAAAAUUACAUAUUCAUCAGGAAACCUUGACAUUUUUCCUCCUCACUGCAAAGUUGAAGGUUUCGUUCGUAUUUUCUUGGUUUCUCUUAUCCUUAAAUGAAAUAUAUGUGUGACGUUAAAGGAAAGUAUGUAGUUGUGAAAAAUUACCUUUGAGUAAGUUAUUAGUAAUUUUUUUCCUCUUGGCCUGUAGCUUUCUAUGAAAAGAUACAUAAAGCAGCAUGCGUCAAAUAGCUUCUUAAUUAUAAAUUUUUCCCCUCCCAGUCGUACUUGUUAUGAAAUUUAAGUGAUUUUUUGUUAUUUUUAGGUAAAAUUUAGUUUUUUAUUUCAUGUUUUGAGUCAAAAUUUGUGAUUUCAAUUUUGUGAUCAUCAGCUGUGAUGGAUUAGUUAUCCAGAUUGCCAAUACUUUUUAAUUUUUAAAAAUUAAGGGUGUCCAUACAUGUUCUGUGCCUUCAAAUUGAGUAGUAGAAAGCGGCAUCAUAGUAAGUUUCCUUAUUGGCACUGCUGUUUGAUAGCUUUUCAUUUAGUAGAUUUAGCAGUAGACAAAAAGAAAAAAACGAAGGACUGUGCGAACAUUAAAUCUAACAAAGUUAGAACAUUUCUGAAGAACUUGUCAAUCAGAAGUAUGAAGUUUAGAAGUGUACAUCCCAUUAACAUCUUGAGUCACAAAGUGAGGUAAUUUCAUCAUCUGCAUUAGAUUUAAAAAGAAGAAAACUCUUUUAAUCUAAUUUCCACCUAGUUUUUGCUUCAGACUUGAAUUUCCUCGAUGAGGAGGAAGAAUCACCGGUGAUUAUGCUAAUGAGGCAACAUCAUCAACAUAGUAAACGAAAAUUAGAAUCAGCAUCCAUAGAAACCUAUCCCAUCAUAAAUAUCGUAACUCCACUUUUCUGAAUGCUUAGGAUUUUUUGUCAAGUGUUUGUCUGACUGGGCAAAAUAGUGUUGCUUGAUUACUUCUCUCGCAGCCACAGUACAUGUACUGAGUGUGAAAAAUUUCUACUUUAUUUACCAUCAAUGUUACCAAGUAUUCUUGCUCUCGUUUUAUUUGAGAGAAAGAAAUUCAUUGAGCAUAAAAGUAGCUAGAAAUUCUGCCACGAAAUAAAUCAAGUGCUGUCAAAAAUUUAAAAACUCCAGAUUGUAAUAAUAAUGACAGUUUCUCAUGUUAUAGGCAUAUUUGAAUGUUCUACGGUGAAUAUUGUACUCUUUGUCCGCACUCCAUCUCCUGGUGUUAAAUGCCUUGAGACAAUAUGUUGGCGAAUUGGGAAAAACUUACAAAAGAAACCUACUGCAUCCUCAGUGAGCAGAUAGGACUUAACUGGGGUGUAAAGAGUUUAGGAUAAAUAAAUAAAAAGUUCGUACAGUCCCUUCAGAAAGGUGAAUUGCUUUUUGAUGUUUAGCUGAACUUGAUCUAUAUUAUUUUUAAGCACUUCUCAACUUCCUUGCUCUCUUUAGGGAAUGGUUUUUUUUAAGAAAGAUGUAUGUUGUGAGAAAUCUUAAUCCCUUAUGCCUUUAUCCAAACAAGCGAUCCAAUUGCAGAAAAACAUUAAUUUCUACUCGAAUGUGUAAUGUUUCUGUCACCCUUUAUUGUGAAUGUUAUUACUCGACAUAUCCUUGUUUAACAAAUACAUCUAUAGUAACCAGUACUUUGAAUUUACCACGGUACCUUUAAGAGCUCUUAGCAAAUGAAGAUAGAGGUCCUCUUAGUUAAUUUCACUAGGAACAAUUGAAUGAACACUAAACACAGUUCAACGUGAUAAGGGCUCUGUAAGAGAAAUACAUUUUUAAUGGUACUCCUAACAAUGUUUACGUCUGAGAUUCAUUCGAAAAUGAUUGACCUCAAAGCCCAACAUCUCUGAAAUCGAACUAAUUUUGGAUCGUCUUGUCUCAACAAAACGUUUUUGUCAAAUAUUAUUGCAAUCAAAGAAUAGAUGUUUUAAGAUCAUUUUCGCUCCCAGGGGGAUAGGGCUAAAUGAUAGGAGUGGAUUGAAAUGAUAAACAUGUUCAGCUGUUAGUCUCUCAAUUUUAAAUGUAAUUUCAAUGUGUGCAACUCGAAUCUUGUCUGCAAUUGUUUUCCUCGAAAGCAGGAGAGCUAAGUGUACAGUCACUGUUGGAAUAGACGUAAGGUGUAGGCCUAUGCAACCCCUCAAUUUUUCACAGCUUCAGGAUACUUACUGGAACAGAACAUUCAUGAACAACCAUGAACGCUACCCCAAGUGCUUAUCAUUAAUUAGUGCCUCAAGAAAAAAAACCUCCAAACUAACACUUCAUCACAUAUGAUUUAUAAGAUACAGACUUGUGUUGAUGAUAGAUCAUGUAAUAAAUCCAUCAGAAUAGCGUUUUUGGAUGAGAAAAGUGCUCCCAAAAUUCCCAUUAUCUGCGGAAAUGUAGAAUUGGUCCAAAACUUCCGUUAUUGUAAGUAUGGCACCUUUAAUUGCUGUAUAUUUACGGGUAGGUAGUUUUGGACAUAAUUUUGUGUUUUGCCUUACAUUUUUCACAAUCCUUACUUUUAUAGACUGAACCUCCAAACAUUACAAUUAAAUCAGAGAUUGUUGUCAACCUUUUCAAUUUGUCAGAAUUGAUUUAAGCACUCCUGACUUGGAUUGACCCUAGGAAUCCAGCCAAAGUAUUACCAGCUGUAGCUUUUUCUUCUAUUGAGUUCAGCUUUAACUUGUGAUGCAUCAUGAUCUCGCUAAUUUAGACUAUACCUAACCUAUUCUAAAUGUAUGACGAAUACUUUUAGAGGAAAUGGGCAUCCAUUUGCAAGUUCUCUCUUUUAUUUGUGUACUCUCUCAUUCAUCAAAAACUUGGGAAGAUCAUAUUGUUGACUGAUGUUCGUAUCCCUCCUCUGUAAUCGCCUUUUUCUCAAUCGUUCAUAAUUCUUAAGUCGUCACUUCCCUGAGGGAGCGUUCAAGUACUAUACAAGUGCAAGGGGAUUCUGAGCCUGCAUCACAGUUUGUCACAGAAGCACUGAAGUUAUUUAUUUGGGAAUGGUUUAAAUGUGAAAUCGGCAGUUUUUAUUGUAGCUUUUAUUUUGUGGCAGUCAGAUUUUUUUAAAAAUCGUAGAAAGCCGAAAUAAUGUAAAAAGCGUCUUGCAUAGUUCUUAAACGUCUCCUGAGGUGUUUCGUUUUGUCCAGUUCGGAUCCAUGCAACUUUUGCCAUUUGUCUCUCCAAAUAAUUCCUAAGUAUUGAAAAAUUAGUGCUUUGUCCAAUCAGGCCUUGUGUGAUACCAAAUUAUUCAUGUGUGCCCCUAGCGGAUUCUCUCACCUUAAUCUAACCCAACAUCAUCAUUCAGAUAAGCAUGUGGCGUUUAUUUUGAUGUCUCAAAAUAUCCCACUAUAAGAGAAAAAAACUAAUUUUCAUUUCAAUGAACCACCUCUCCAAGGUAUGAAACUAAAUCUCAAGCACUAGCAUCUAAUCAUUAGUUCAAUAAGGAUGAUAUUAAAGAAUUAUCUUAAUAUUUCAUCACGAUUGCCUCACCAAUGAUGUUGAUAAUUUUUAAUCCGAACAUAUGUUAUGAGGAACCACUAUUUAUUUCUUCUUUUCUUUUUAUUGGUGCUUAUCUCUAAUUUCCUUUUCUCCUUCUCUUGUUAAAAAAGUAAAUCACAAAUUUAUUUGUUAGUUAAUGAUGAUAGUUAUUAAUUUUCCCUUGUUUUUUGUUUGUAUAUAUUUCUCCUUUAAAGGUUGUCUGAAAAUUUACUGAGAGAGGAAUUUAGGGAUUACCCGUGGACACAUACUUUGGUUCACUCUUUUUUGAUCCAUUGAACAAUUCUAAGAGCCUUUUCCUGUUUCAUGCCUUGAGAAUUAUUUUAUCUACAGUUAACAUCCUUUUUAUCACUCUCAUCUUUCUUCAUGACUCACACCUUUUUUAAAGAAAACUGUUACCCUAAUGUUUCCCUAGAUUUAAAUAGCUUUAAUUUUGCCCGCUCAUAAUUUUAAAAAGCUCCUCUGAAAAUUCGCACCGAAUCACUAAUUACUUUCAAUUUUGGAGUAGAUACUGUGUUUUAUAAAAUGAGCAACUAUAACGAAUUGAUUUCUCAAAAAAGAGGUGCAUAGUAAGAAGCUAUCUUAUGUCCUUUUUCUCAAGGGAAGUUUACAUCAAUAGUGAACAUAAAUGGUAGUUAUUUGAUUUGUUCAUCUGAUAAUCAAAAUUCUCAGUCUGAAUUGCUUUUCCUCCUUAUGCUAGAAAUUAAGUCAAAUAAUUUUAUGUCUGAUAGAUUAAAUUUCUGAACAUCGAAUUUGAUUUAAGUGUGUAUUGACAUGAACAAAAUUUUUCCUCCCAUCAAAGUAAAACUUAACCCCUCCAUCUAUUUGCAAUAAGCUAAUUUAAGAAUUAUUGCUCGAUGAAAUAAUUUAUUUCUCCUUUUUUUCUGUUAUGAGUUCGAUAUAAAAAGGUCAUAGGUUAAAUGUGCUGCAAUGAUAGAAAUUCAAAACUUUUUUCUGGACAGGCCUACGUAAUGGAGGAUUGUCUACGGUCUAUAUUCACUCACAAAUAUCUAUGAAAAAUAUUAGUCUAAUGUACAUACAAAAAGCUUCUAGAAAUAGCUGAAAGUGUAAAAUAUUAAUCGGCUGUGAACAAACGUUAGUCAACUAGUAAGAUUUCAAAUUAGAAAGCAUUCAAAGGCCUAUUUGAAAAACAGUGCAGUCCUCUGUGUUUCAAUGAUUAUUCAUUUAUUUUGUCCAUUAUUUUUUUUAUUUUUUAUUUUUCAUAUUCAUCAACUUUUUUUGUUUUGUUGAAAGAUUAGCUCCACAAAGAGCUAUUCGUGUGUGAUAAAUCAUUAUUUAUGUACCUAUAUACAUAUUGACAUACAACGUAAGUAAAUACAUAAUUUACACUAUAAAUAUUUAUGUACAACGACGGUCUAAUAUCAUUUAUUGAUAACCACUUUGUUCUCGCACAUGCAUUGUAACAAAAUUGUAUAUAUUUAUGAUUGUGCUAUUGAUUGAUUUUAAAUUAAUAAGAUACAAUAUUCAUCAUAAGUGCAUUUUAAAGUGUUACCCCUUGUUUUGUAAUGUACCCAAAAAAAAUAGACACCAGGCUCUUCGAAACAUAAGUGAGACAUAACGUGGAGCAUGGAAAAAUUCAAAGUUUUUAAUAUUCUGAAAAUUCUUUGUUUCCAGUGACCUCCAUUCUGCAUAUCUUAUCACUUCCCUCAGUUUUGUCAAACCUCUUUUUUCUUUCUACCUUAAAAUCUCCCAAAAUAUUUUACUGGUUUUCUGUAAUCCGCGCCUUCAAUAACACUUGGAACUUUGGGCGUGUCGGACUAUAUGGGUCAGUUGUGCUGGUCACAAAAUCGUGUUUUGAUAGUUGAUUCUUGUAGAUUAGCUAAAGAUAAUCAGAUCUGUCCAAACCGCAACUUUCUAUGUUCAAUAUUAACAGAGAUAGCGCCCUUUGAAAAGUCGGGUUUUUGAGGUCAUCCACUGCGGUAGUGACACCCUUGGUUUCUUCUAUCUUGCUUUCAUCCAGGUUUCGCGUCGAAUAACCAGUGCUAAUGUGUGUCACACCGACUGACGAAAGCUAGGUGGAAGAAACCAAGGGUGUCACCACUGCGGUAGAUAACGUCAAAAACCCGACUUUUCAAAGGGCAAUAUCUCUGUUAAUAUUGAACAUAGAAAGUUACAGUUUGGACAGAUCUGAUUAUUUUUAGCUAAUCUACAAGGAUCAAGCAUCUAAACACGGUUCUGUGACCAGUGCAACUUACCCAUUUUCUUGCCCCCUUUUUUUGGUUUGUAUUUUUUUGGCAUGCCCAAGCAGUUGAGACUUGAUAUUUAUGCAAGUCAAAUUUGAUAAUCUUCCGUCUGAGAAGUUGUGCUUCAAUCCGAAUCUGACAAAACUGACCUUUAUUACUGUGAAUGCAGUAGAACUGUCUUGAUAAGGUGAAGUACCUAUUCUCUAUCUUACAAGUAAUUUCUACCUUUAAAUUAGUCGACAAGUCAAAAAGUUCAUUGUUAUUGAUUAAUUCCACUAAUCUUUUUUUGUAAAGCAUUCCCUUGGUGUUGCAUGCUCUUGAGAUGCUCCUUUUAAAAUUCUCACCAUCAGUAAUGAACAUUUGCCUUUGAUUGAAAAAGAAGUCAAAGGUAGAAAACUUUUAAAUUUUAUUUCAGUUGAUACUUCUGUUGAAAAUCCAUUCUGCUUUCCCACUAUUUUCCCAAACUGAGCAUUUGGAAGAUUAAUCAAAGUUUCUAGAAACCUGAUCAACUUUCAUUUACGGUUUAGUCACUGACGCAAUGAAAGAUAAGUAUUAAGUUCCCAUAUAAUCUAGUCAUUCAUUCUAAUAGACUAGUCUUCCUUGAAAAAGAUUGUUAUGUUUUGCUUAUUUUUUUUCGAAUGUGUCUUUUUUUACAUAACAUAGUUGACUGCGGUGAACUAUGUUAAAUGUUAACAUGUCAAGGGUGAAAUUCAUCCUCUCUUUAUUUUUUUCUGUACUUCUACUUCAUAUUUAUUCAUUUAAUUUAUAAUUUAUUCAAUUCCUCAUUUUUUAAAAAGACUUUUAAAACUUAAGCCCUUUUGAUUCCCGCCUUCCUUCUUUCCUUGCAAUAUGUGCUAGUAAGUAAGUAGAUAGGACAAUUAAAUAAUUUAUUUAAGAUUCAGACAUGUAAGGUAAAAUGUAAGCCACUUAUUUUAAGUACGAAGUAAAAUUAUAGCUCCUAACAAA